AUGAAUGAGCAGAAGUGAAAUGAAAGGUUUGAAGAAAUGAUGCAAAAAAAGCGCAAAACACAAGAAAAGCUAAAAAUGCUUCAAGCUCAAAAACUUCUAGAUGAAAUGAAAGAGGUCACUGGCGUCCCCAAAAUCAACGAAGUAAGCAGAAAAGUUGCAAAUGAGCUUGCAAAAAUUGAAGCUGAAAAAGCAGCAAAUUCAGAAUCCAAUAACUAUAAAGAAGCAACCCCUAUUUCAAACGCUUCUAAAGGUGACAAUCAAGCUCAACCAAACAAAUCAUUCUCUAGAAGUGCUGCAAAAUACCUCAAAAACGACGACCUUGAAUCAAAGCGGCUUCCUCCACCAACCGAAAUUGUAUUUCCUCCUAAAAAAUCUGACACUUUGCCUAGCAAAGAGUUCAAAGACCUUCAAGAAACUUAUAUAAGAGCUCAAACCCUUCAUUGCCAGCAGCAGAACUCUCAAGCUCUUUCACCAAGAUGCCAUAUAGACUUGCAGUCUGGACAAGCAUCUGAGCAAUAUAUAAAUUUAAGGGCUCCAAAGAAUGGAAAAGUGAGCAACACAAUGGGAGUGAGCCAAGCAGAAACACUGAGAAGGGAUUUUCUUCAGACUGAAGAGAAUAGUAAAGAGAAGCUUGAUACGUAUAUGAAAAAUAUUAAAUGGGUACAAAAGAGAGAAGAAAAACUUAAAGAGCAGAGAUGGGAUAGACAAGUGUCAGAAAUCACGCCUUGCACGUUUAAGCCUGCUCUUACUAAAUCUCAAAGCUUAAGAAACAGCUUUUCAGGACCUCAUGAGGAUAAAGACAAUAACUACCUUGAUAUGCAUUAUAGAAGAAAGAAUCUGCAAGAGAGCUUAGAGAAACAAGAAGUAAAGCUAAAAAAAGCAGAAAGUGUAAGAAGCGCUGAGGCUGAUUCUGUUGAAGAAUCUCAAGUUCAAAGUUUGAAGGACAAGCCUUUUACUUAUUCAGCACUAGCUCCUAUGGGAUCUAGAGUCAAGUAUAAAGAAGGGUUCAAUGUUAAGAAAUUUACGAAUACUGCCAAGCCUAUGGUCAGUUAUAAACGACUAGAAUAA